UCAUACACGAAUAAGCUUCAGUACAAAGAGCAAAGAGGUGCUUUCCGAGCCAAUGUUAUAGGUCCCCAUGGAAUACAGUCCCUCCUGCCCUAGAAAACCCUCCCCAGUGCCUCUGAUGACCAUCGCGGUGGGGAGAGGGUGCUGUUGGUAGGUGUUGCUUGCAAAGAUAAAACUGGUAGAGAGGGGGAAUCGCUUAUUUAGAGGAGCUGAUGAAGAGUGCGGAGGGAGAAGCCGAGUUAGUCGAAGCAGAGGGAGAGGACAGAGGAGGACCAUUUUUUCCAUAUUUUUGAUCGAUCCUUCACUACAGAAUGCUGGGCUCACUACAAUCCAGCUUCUCUCUUCUUUCCUCAACCAUUGAAGAAAAAGAAACCAAAAAGCUUAAGCUCCUUUUGUGGCCAAUCCAACCAAUUAACUGAUGGAUUAAAUUCAGAAUUCACCAUUCGUUGAUGUUGGAUUCUUGUGGGCCAUAAUUAAAAUCUCGUAAGCAAUCUAAAUUCUCAGCCAUAUUAUCUACGCCAAGCGUUGCUUCCACAGAAUCAGAAACACAGAGAAUGGAAUUUUAGAGAGAGAGAGAGAGAGAGAGAGAGAGAGAGAGAUGGGUACCAUGUUCCUCAGCAAUAUAAGCCCGAGUUUCAUUCCUUUCCCAAAAGCCGUUAAUACCGUCACCAGUGGUGUUAACGGCUAUUGUUUCUCCUCUUCCUGGCAGUUCCCAAGGUCUCCAAUCCAUGGUAAUCCGAUUCGUUUCCCCUCCUCUUCUCGAAUAUCUCCAUUGACAGUUAAUUGCAGAACCAGUGGAGAGGAGGAUGACUGGCUUCCGAUCUCUUCCCCUUACGAUGUGCUUGGAGUCGAGCAGAAUUGCUCACCGGCUGUCCUGAAAGCCGCUUUUCGCGCUAGAGUUAAGGAGUUCCAUCCCGAUGUAUGCAAAGAUGCUGGUGAAUCGGAUGUAAUGAUCCGGCGAGUGAUUCAGGCAUAUGAGCUGUUGUCCAAGUCCCUCCAAUUUGAGACCACCGAGAGUGAAUGUAUAGAUCCUUUCGACAAACCAGAAUGCGAGGCGUUUGAUGUCUUCGUCAAUGAGACUCUUUGUGUUGGCAAAGGAUGUUCGUUUUCAUGUGUCAAAAGAGCACCCAACGUGUUUUCUUUUGUUUCUUCAACUGGUACUGCACGUGCAAUGAGUCAAGGACAUAAUGAAGAUUACCAAGUCCAACUUGCUGUUGGACAGUGCCCAAGAAAAUGUAUCCAUUAUGUUACACCCUCUCAAAGAGUUAUUCUGGAGGAGCUACUCGAAAGUUUCUUGAAUGUGCCUUAUGACAGUUCUGCUGAGGCAGACUUGCUGUAUUCCCUCAUUACUAAAGCUCAAUUUGAGAACAAUAGGUAUCAGAAACCCAAGAAGCAACCUAAAGCUUCUGGGAAGCAUGUGGAUUGGUUUUGACAUUUAAAUUGUCACUGCAAAUGUCCUUUUGCAUUCCAAAGUGGUGAGAGCUAGAUUGAAAUGGAUGGAUGCAAGAAACCAUGUUGCCACUUCCUUGAUUGGACGAGUUCAGUGGAGGAUGAUCGGGUGAUUGGUCAUGAAACAACCGGAAACAAUAGCCAUUGAACAAGAUAUGCCGAGGAGAGUCAGGAGACUGCUUCUAUAGAUUGAGAAAUUCAAACACACUGUUUGCUGUCUUUAUGAGUUUAUGUACAUAUUAAUAAUUGCAAAAUUGUAUGUAUGACUUAACAUAUCAGGAUCACCUUGUAACAAAUUAUAAGAACUCUGUUUGGCUACAUUAAUAAUAUUUUUCAGUAGUAUGUAACAAUUGGACUGAUA